AUGGCCCAGCUUGAGCGUAAACAUCUCUCGCGAUUGGUCCCGGUGGGCCACAGGGUGCUCAUGCCCCUGCUUCUUGCCGUGACCAUCGUCAACUCGGCAACUUUAGGAUACGACUCGUCCGUCAUGAACGGCCUGCUCAUCCUACCAUCCUACUCUGAAUAUUUCCACCUCACCUCUGCAGCUGAGGGUCUCAACAACGCAGCAAUGUGGAUGGGAGGCAUCUUCGGUGCCUUUCUCAUGCAAUCCAUUCCUGAUUAUUUAGGUCGUCGUCGUGCAAUUCUUAUCGCCUCGAUUGUUACUAUUAUUGGCAUAAUCUUACAGGGCGCCUCGCAGAAUAUCGGCAUGUUCGUAAUCGCCCGGAUCGUUGUCGGAAUCGGCUCUGCCAUCAGCAACGGUGCUGCCCCAACCUGGCUCGGCGAGCUCCUACCGCCUAGACGACGUGCUCGUAUCCUCGGUCUCUUCUUCUCAUGCUACUACGUCGGAAGCUUAGCCUCGUCUCUUGUGAACUACGGAAGUCAGAACAUCAACAGCACAUGGGCCUGGCGGUUGCCUUCGCUCCUUCAGGUUGUCCCUAGUCUACUGGCCAUUAUUAUCGUGCCUUUCGUUCCUGAGUCCCCUCGUUGGUUGAUCACGCACCAGCGGAGCGACGAGGUGCUUGAUAUUCUGAUUAUCAUGCAAGGCAAGAACAAUACGGACGUGCAGAAGGGUAGCCAACAACUUCGCGAGAUCAGAGAUACCCUCGUUCGCGAGGCGGAAGAAUAUCCGCGUAACCCCAGGAGGGAGAUUAUUUCGACAAGAGGCAAUAGGCGGAGACUGGCUAUCCUGUGCACUUUUGAUCCGAUGAUCAACAUGUUUGGCAAUUUCAUCAUCUAA